CACGGUCCUUAAAUGUGCUCUCCCCCUUGCCUCCUGUUUCUUCCUAGAGAGAGAGAGAGUGAGUUGAGCUGCGUGCCUCGCCGGGACUCUUCGCGCUGCCUCUUUGGAGAGAGAAGAGAGAGCGGGGAAGUCGGGCGGAGAUGUCCAAGAUGGCGGAGGAGAAGGCGGUCGGAGGGGCCGGUGCGGCGGACGCGGCGCAGCAGCAGCAGCAGCUGGCUGCGGGCGAGGCGGCGGCGGCGCGGGUCCGGCCCGUGGAGACGCUGCUGCGGGCGGCGCCGCUGGGGCUGUGCGUCGCCGCCAUGGCCGUCAUGCUCAAGGACCAGCAGACCAACGAGUACGGUACCGUCGCCUACUCCGACCUCGGCGGCUUCAAGUACCUCGUCUACGCCAACGGCCUCUGCGCCGCCUACUCGCUUGUCACGGCCUUCUACACCGCCGUGCCAAGGCCCGCCACCGUGUCGCGCUCAUGGGUCGUCUUCCUCCUCGACCAGGUGUUCACAUACCUGAUCCUAGCGGCGGGCGCGGCGGCGGCGGAGCUACUGUACCUAGCCUACAACGGCGACAAGGAGGUGACAUGGAGUGAGGCGUGCGGCGUGUUCGGCAGCUUCUGCCGCCAGGCCCGGACCUCGGUGGGCAUCACCUUUGGCUCCGUGGUCUGUUUCAUCCUCCUCUCAGUCAUCUCCUCCUACCGCCUCUUCAGCACCUACGAGGCGCCCCCGUCAUCGGCGCUCGGCAACAAGGGUGUCGAGAUCGCCGCCUACCCGCGCUGAAGCCGCUGCGGGCGUACAAGAGUCUGCCGUCCAUGGUCCAUCCACUGGAGGCUCCAAAGGGAGGCGGGGUUGCAUCAUCUCUCUGUAAUGUGUAGGCGAUCAAGUAAUAAGCAAGGACUUAUUAUAUGUGUGAAUCAUACUAGUUUGCUGUUACAAAUGAUUAGCACCGUGCUGAUGCUGCUCAUACAUUGUGCUUGACUUGGUAAUUAUAUACUGGUUUGUGUGAUUGUUGUGUGUAGUGGAUGAAUUGAGAGAUUACAUCAUUUUACCACCUAUUUAGCUAUUACCAGGUUUUGUAACAUGGUUUGAACCUAAACCAGUGCAUAUAAAUGGAUAGAACAUGUAAACA